AUGAAAGUGGCAUCCACAUUACCACCAAACAUUAACAGAGGGCCGGAUACAUGUUGUUGGCCGGCGUCGGACAGUGGCCAAUUCAAUACCAGCUCAGCCUACCAAUUGGUGGAGGGAGACUCAAUUGCUAAUUGUGAACCUCUUUGGAGGGCGAUUUGGACGUGGUCAGGCUCGGAACGAGUGAAGACAUGCCUUUGGUUGGCAGCAAAAGGGAAGCUCAUGACUAACAUGGAACGACAUCGACGGCAUAUUGGCUCAUCGCCGUUAUGUCUGAGAUGCGCGUGGGAGCCAGAAUCGAUAACUCAUGUCUUUUGGGAUUGUCCAAAUUUAAGGCAGAUUUGGGAUCACUUGUUGAUUGAUAAUCUCAAUAGGGAUUUUUAUGAGGAGAAUUUUUGGGAAUGGGCUCCGAAGAAUCUUAUGGAAAAGAAUAGAGGAAAUAAGGAAGAAGGUGAAGGAACUGGAGGAGGCUGCCAGAUUUGUGGUCUAAUUAGGGGGAAACAAUGGAGUGAAAAGACAAGAACUUAUCAAAUGGACCCCCCACCACCAGGAUGGCUCAAGUUGAACACAGAUGGAUCUUACAAUACUAUAUCACAGGAGGCGAGAGCAGGGGGACUAAUAAGGAACGAAGAAGGAGGAUGGGUGAAAGGCUUUACCAUGAACGUUGGGACUACAACAGUAACAGGGGCUGAGUUGUGGGGAGUAUGGCAAGGACUCAUCUUAGCAUGGGAGAUUGGGGCAAGAAAGAUCAUAGUGGAGGUGGAUAGUAGUACGGCAAUAAGGCUGGGUUCUAAUCAAUCUAAUGAAACCGGUGUUCAUGAUAGACUGAUUAAGGGAAUUUGGGAAUUAAUGGACAGGGAUUGGAGCGCAUUGUGGCCUGUUUUCAGUCCAUUCUUAGAAGGGACUAAGGAGAGGGAAUUCCGUACUGUAAUGAUUUGGUGUUCUGGUGGUGGAAAUGAGAAGAGUAGUAGUCCGGGCUGCUGGUUUGGUGGCAGUUUGAAGCAACCUCCGGUCGCCGGUGCCGCCGUGAUCUUCAGUACUCUGUUUCUGAAAAUGACCAUCUUCAAAAUCGAAUUCUUCUGCUUCUUCAUCCAAAGAUACAAAUGGGGUGGCAUUAAAAGACCAUUCGAGGCUGCUGUGAUCAGCCUGCGAGUCAACGACGACGGAAUUCGGCGCAAAAUGGAAGAAAACGAAGUAAACAGAGACGGUGGGUGUCCACCGUGGACAACAGAGACUAAUCCCCCUCGCUCAUGGGACAUUUAUGGGAACAUGGACGCCCAGAUUUCACCGCCGGUCACCUUCUUCAAUGGUCUUAACCUCCCUGAUCAAUCCCAUCACCCCCCUUACAUCCCUCCUUUUCAAGUGGUGGGUUUAGCUCCAGCAACGGUAGAGGAGCAAGUAGGAGGGCCCGAGUUGCAGUGGAAUUAUGGUUUUGAGCCGAGGAGAAAGAGGCCCAAAGAACAGGACUUUCUGGAUAAUAACCCUAACAAUAAUAAUUCACAGAUAUCAUCUGUGGAUUUUUUACAGGCUAGAUCAGUGUCUACCGGGCUGGGUUUAUCUCUGGAUAAUACUAACAAUAAUAUCAACAGUAGUAGUAAUAAAGCCUGGUUGGCUUCUUCCGGUGACUCUGCAUUUUUAGGGAUUGUGGGGGAUGAAAUUGACCGGGAAUUCCAGAGGCAAGAUGCUGAAAUUGAUAGCUACAUUAAGAUUCAGGGUGAUCGCCUGAGGCAAGCUUUAAUGGAUAAGGUUCAGACAAAUCAACUCCAAACCAUCUCAUAUGUUGAAGAAAAAGUUCUUCAAACACUCCGUGAAAAGGAGGCUGAGAUGGAAGACAUUAACAAGAAGAACAUGGAACUGGAGUUGCAAAUGGAGCAAUUGGCUGUAGAGGCAAAUGCAUGGCAACAGCGUGCUCAAUACAAUGAAAACAUGGUCAAAACUCUUACCCUAAACAUACAACAGGUAUUCGCACAGAGUAGAGAUAGUAAAGAAGGUUGUGGUGAUAGUGAGGUUGAUGACACGGCUUCUUGUUGCAACGGCCAGGCUCUUGAUUUUCAUCUUUUACGGAAAGAUGGCAAUGAUAUGAAGGAGCUGAUGACUUGUAAGUGAUAAUGGCCGACCUGUCCAUCAAGCCCGGAAUUUACUGGAUACAAGUGUAUUUGCCGCCACUAAACGCCAUAUAAAUUCAGUGAAGGACAUAGUUUGUGGUGAUUUCAUAUUAAAAUUUAAGGGAGUUUCCUCGAAGGAGGUAUGUCCAUAUGGUGGAACAACUGGGAGAGUAAAGGAAAAAGAAAAAAGAGAACAAAUUAGAAAUGUUUUGUGCAUAAAAGGCCAUUAAGCGCAAAGAUUUUAUUUUCAGCUGACUCUACCAUUCGAGAUACAAUCAAAUGUAUAUGUGCAAAUCAUUUACUACGCACACUUCUCUACAUUACAUUGUUCUCCGGGUAGUGAAGCUUAUUAUUGUUAGUAUUAUUAUUAUUUUUUUU